UGUGUGUAGCCCCACCCAAGCCCUGGAGCUGGGAGGAUGAGCUGGAGGCAGGGAGAUGGAUAACCUUGUGACCUCGUGUGGGUCUGAGAUGCGUCAGAUCAGGCUCUGAGGGAAGGUGGGUCCCUGAAGCUGGCUGAGUGCAUCUUAGGGAGCAAGUGCCUGUGAUGUCAUCCCAGGAAUGCAGUGAAGGCUCGGCUGUGCUGCGAGGAACCUGUGAGGAGUCACAACACUGGCUGCCGUGAUCGGAGGCACGGAGGAUGGGCAGGGAGGGGCCUGAGACCAGGGGGGCAGGGAGGGAAGGGCAGAGGAUGCUUGGGCCGGCCCAGAGGAGGUGCUGCUCUCUCCCGGGUUCUCCGCUGUCCGCAGCUGCUCCACCUCCACAUCUCUGGAGCUGGCCCUUGUCCCGCUGCCAUCAGAGGGCCCCGCUGCCAUGACGGACACGCCAGUCGAGGAAUCCCUCUUCCAAAUCAUCCGCAGCUACCACCAGUACGCGGCCCGGGAGGGGGACGUGGAGACCCUGUCCCUGGAGGAGCUGAAGGCCCUGCUCAUGGACACCGUGCCCCGCUUCAUGGAGAGCCUGGAUGAGCCAUGUGAUUAUCCGGCUCCUGGGGAUGCAAGGCCAACCCGAGUGUCUGCCCUCGGUGCCAUGCCCCCGGGUGAGUCAAGGCUGCUCAUCCAGGACAAGCACCCCUCGUCCCUGCGGGUCUGCCUUGCCUCCCUUUGGGGAACAUCAGAGAAGAGUCUGGUCCUGGGCUUAUCGGAGCACAGCCACGAGGUCACAGAGGGGGGACGGGGGGACUGUGGUUAGGCCCCCUGUUUCUAGGGAAGCCGUUCCACCUGGGUACGGGGCCCACGGGGCAGGCACCUGGGCACAGGGCGGAGAUGGCGGCCUGGGCAGGUGGGCUAAGUGAGGGCAGCCUGGGAGAGCUGCCCCAGGCAGGAGGUCUGUGCACUGUGGGGUCAGCCAGCUCUGUGGAGGGGACAGAUUAAAGGAAGUAGCUGGUGGAGGGUGUUGGGGGGGACAGAGGGUGCCAGUCCGCCCCAGGGUGGGAGCUGCCCUCCAGACCCCCAGCUGUUUCCUGAUGCAGUGACUUCCCUCCUCGGAGGCUUUCUGAGGGCUGCACCCUGGGUCCCCGCCUCCAGCCCAAACUGGCUGAAACCUGCUUCACUGCCCCUGCCCUGCCAGGGGCUCUUCUCAUCGUCGCCUGUCCUGUCUCCUCCAUGCACGCUGACCAUUGACCUCCUCCCUGCUGUCCCUUCCACCCCGAAAGCUCCUUUGCUCUCCUACGCCACCCCCAGUCCGUAGCCCUCAGGGCCACUGCUCUGGGACAACGGACAGUCCCAGGGCCCAUGGCGGUGGCCUUCCCCCAUUCUGCACUUCCCCGAGGACACAGGCCAGUUGCCAUGAACAAUCCUGGGCGGAUGGCACGCCCUGCGGGAAUCCGACCCACUGGGUGCCGACCUGCAAUGGUGCUGGAGGUGCAGGCCUGAGGGACAGGUGGGCGGUGACUGGCAGCUCCCCGUGUGCAGCCCCAGGCUGGGCGGCCCCUGCAGGGUGUAUGUGCAGCUGGGAAGACAGGCUUAAAAGCCCCCAGCAGAGGGCAGCCCUGCUCAGCCACUAGCCGGCCAGCCAGGAAGCUGUGCCCAGCCUGCACCACCUGUCUGUCCAUGCGGCCCAGGUCCAGGUGCCCGGCUCCCUGUGCCCCUUCUGCCUGAUUCUGCCCUGCAGUGUCCUGGCCACCGAGUGAGCGAGGAGCUGUUUCCCACCAGUCCCCGGCAGACAGGGCCAAGUUCCUCGCUAGCAGGCGGUGGAGCCGGACCAUCUGCAGGGCCGAGUGCCUGGGGGCUGGCUGACCCUCCGCCCCUCCUCAGGGCCGGGAGAAGCCGUACUUCGUCACCGAGCUGUUCCGGGCAGCGGACAAGGACAAGGACAACCAGAUCUGCUUUGACGAGUUCCUGUACGUCCUGGGCCAGCUGCUGAGGGACUACCACCUGCAGUACCACCGGCAGCUGUGC